CCUAUGGGUGCAUGUGUGCGGCCGCAUUCUAUAAUUAUUAUAAGCAAAAUCAGGAGGAGGGUAUGUACUUAGUCUAUGUCUCUGCUGCAGGCGAGCCGGUGAAAAUGCCGCCAGAGAUAGAGGGAGUAGUUGCCAAGUACCCUGAUCUAUUUGAAGAGCCGACAGGGGUUGUUGAGAGGGAGGUUGUCCACGCGAUAGAGAUUAUCCCAGGGUCUAGUAUUCCAAGGGCUAGGAUCUAUCGGAUGUCUCCAGGCGAGCUUGAUGAGCUUCGCCGCCAACUCAAGGAACUCGUAGAGAAGGGCUGGAUCCGGCCGAGUGUCUCUCCUUAUGGGUCUCUAGUUUUAUUCGUGCCUAAGAAGAAGGAGGGAACUCUAAGGAUGUGCAUUGACUAUAGGGGCCUCAAUGCCAUCAUUGUGAAGAACAGAGAGACCCUACCGCGCAUCGAUGAUAUGUUAGAUAGAGUGCAAGGGUGUCGGUACUUCAGUAAAAUAGAUCUGAAGUCCGGGUACCAUCAGAUCGCAAUCCGGCCCGAGGAUCAACACAAAACCGCAUUUCAGACCAGGUACGGUCUGUACGAGUUUGUGGUGAUGCCUUUUGGCCUUUGCAAUGCUCCUGGCAGCUUUCAGCACGCUAUGAAUCGGAUAUUCCAUGACUACUUGGAUAAGUUUGUCGUCGUGUACCUCGAUGACAUACUUAUUUUAAGUAAGACUGUCAAGGAUCACGCAGCACACUUAGACAAAGUUCUCAGUCUCCUGCGACAGCACAAGUUCAAGAUCAACGGUGAAAAGUGCGAGUUUGGCCGCACCCGUAUCUUGUACUUGGGUCAUGAGAUCUCCGCGGAAGGGUUGAAGCCCGAUGACGCAAAGGUGGCCAGCAUUCGUGAUUGGCCACGUCCUCAGUCUGUGACUGAGAUGAGAUCUUUCGUAGGAAUGACAGGCUAUUACCGGAAUUUUGUAAAAAACUAUAGCAUUGUGGCCGCUUCUUUGACUGAUCUAACCCGCCUUGACUCCCCGUGGGAGUGGACAGAUGAGUGUGAGGCUGCUUUCAGACAUCUGAAGCAUGCAUUGACGCACUAUGAAGUCUUGAAGCUACCCGAUCCUGAUAAGCCAUUUAUAGUAACCACGGAUGCUAGCCAAUAUGGCAUUGGCGCCGUGCUUGCGCAGCAGGAGGGGCCAAAGUUGAGGCCAGUAGAGUACAUGUCCAAGAAAAUGYCGUCUCAGAAGUUGGCUAAGUCCACUUAUGAGAAGGAACUCUAUGCGGUGUACAAGGCUCUCACCCAUUGGAGACACUACCUCCUUGGGCGGUUCUUCAUCCUCCAGACUGAUCAUCAGACCCUGAGAUGGAUGAGAACACAGCCGGUACUCUUUGACGCUCUCAAGCGUUGGAUCAAAGUCAUUGAGCAAUAUGACUUUGACCCUCAGUAUCUCAAAGGGGAGUACAACAAGGUUGCUGAUGCCUURUYRYGSAGACCGGACUUCUCAGGUUGCGGGUUCGAGGCCGGCCCACCUUCAGGUGAGCACUUGUGGCGCAAGCUGCAAGUAGGCUACAGAGCAGUGGAAGAGAUGCAGAAUGAGGUGGGGGAUUACCAGAAGGUCUUAGAAGUGCUGGAUGGGGAAGAGGCGCAGAUGGCCGAGGUAGAGGCUCAUAUGCCAGCAACGCAGAGGGUGAUACAGCAGAAGAGGAAGGAAGCGGCUGCGAGAAAGAAGCUGCUAGAUAACGGAGCAGCCAUAGCUGCUAGGCUGAACAAGCAAGCCAAGGGGGAAGAACCAGCGGAGGUCAAACACCAAAUCGGACUAUUGACUGAAGCGGCCCUCCAAGCCACAAGAGAAUCUGCUGCCACUGCAUAACGCUGUAGACUGCCUCGCUGCACAACAUGAUGAAUUCAGAGUUGACCCAAUAAUACAUCAAAGGGACAAGGAGAAACCGCAGUUUCCAUAUUUUACCUUUUAAACUCCAAAGAGUCCAAAGUUCACAAUAAAAUGCCAUGCACAUU